CCUCGACAAUCACCUCCAGACUAGUCAACUAUCUCGUGCUGCUUCAUCGAGGGACCUGCAGACAACAUACUUACUACUCUCAGACUACAAACCUAAUCCUUAUCAAUCAUAUCCUGCCAUACCCAUACACCUCCAAGCAAGGCCAUCAUGUAUCCGUGAAUCCGUCCCAGCACAUACACCCUCUCGCCCUUAUCACCACUAUCUAAAUGGCCCACUGGCGGGAAGAAUACUCGGCGGCGCUGGCAGCCCGCGAUCGUCGCGAGAAGGCCAACACAGCUCUAUACGAAGCCUAUACCCAACUAGCCGAUCGAACCGGGCGCUCAACAACAACAACACCACCCAACGCAUCAAACAACAAUAACAACGAUUACCCACAGAGUCCGGCGCCAGCAGGCGCGAACCCACGUACAACUACUUACCCCAGCGGAAACACGACGAAGACGACGACAACCCCACCACUAUCAACGCAACAAGAAGCCCUCCUGGCAAGCACCCGCGCCGACCUCGCCGAGGCGCAACGCUCACGCUCCGAGCUGCAGGACCGGCUCGCGCGCGUGACCGCCGAACUCGACAAGCUCCGGAAGAGGAACACCCACGAUAUCCGCCGGAUCCAUGCGUUCGAGCAGGAGGUCACGCAUCUGCAGAUGCGGUUGAAGGAUCGGGAUGAGGAGCUGCGCGGGAAGGCUAAGUUGUUGGAGGAUUUCCAAGACGAGAUGGCAUCGCUGAACCUUCAAUUGAAUAUGGCCGAGGAACGAUCGGCCCGGUUUCAGCAGGAGAAUCAGGAUUUGAUUAGACGGUGGAUGGCUAAGAUGGGCGAGGAGGCGGAUGCCUUGAAUGCUACUUCGAAGUUUUCUUAGCAUUGCUUCUCCCUCUUUUUCUUCUCAUUCGGAGAGACAUUGGCAGGAUGGGUUGGUUACGCGCACCAACACGAUUGCUCCCUUCUCUCAUCUCUUCGGCUCGAAUAAGGAAUCUCUUUAGAUAUGUGUCGGGAUUUCUUUUUUCGAUUUCUAUGCACAAUAUACCUAUGAUACCCC